AUGGCAGCCUUCUCCGACGAAGAACAGCGGAAGCGCCGCUACAGGCGGAUCGCCGGCUCCAUCGCUUCUCUCAUUCUCCUCCUCGCCGUCGUCGGCACCGCCUGCACGCUCUACAGCCCAGAGAAAGACACUCCUUCCUCCCACAUCGUCACAUCCGCCACUGCCGGUUCCCCCGCCACGCAACUGCAUUCCACCGCCAAGUCCAUUCAGGUAAUGUGCGAAUCCACCGAUUACAAACAAACCUGCGUCUCCAGCCUCAACAAAGUCGUGAAGAAGAACACCACCGACCCCAAAGAACUCGUCAAGGCCGCCGUCGCCGUUGUUCUCGACGAGAUCAGCACGGCCUUCCGCCGCACCCGCCUCCUAGCCGACAAGGACCCGAGAGUUCGUGGCGCCGUCGAAGACUGCCGGCAGCUGUUCGAGGACUCCAAGGACGAGAUCAAACGUUCGCUCGACGACAUCGUCUCCACCGGCAUUGAACAUAUCCCCAGGAAGUCGCGCGACAUCAGAACAUGGCUGAGCUCUGUCAUGUCGUAUCAACAAACCUGCAUUGACGGUUUCCCUGACGGCGAGCUUAAGGUGAAGCUGAAAAAGACGUUAAAGACAGCAAGAGAGCUAACGAGCAACUCUCUUGCAAUUGUUAAGGAGCUAUCGAGCUUUCUUGAAAUGCUGGAGGUUCCGGGAUUGACCGUUAGUGGAAGGAAGCUGCUCGCUGAGAAAGAAGAACUGCACCAAUUUGACGAUGAGGGCAUUCCUUCGUGGGUUCAUGAGGAUGAGAGAAGGGUUCUUAGGCAGGUCAAUACGAAUCUAAAGCCAAAUGUUACGGUGGCUAAGGAUGGGACCGGCGAUUACACGACGAUUUCAAUGGCGUUGGCGAAGAUUCCGAACGAGUACACUGGAAGGUAUGUGAUCUAUGUUAAAGAGGGAGUGUACGAGGAGACAGUAAAUGUCACGAAGAAAAUGCCGAACUUGACCGUUUACGGCGAUGGAAGUGCGAAGACGAUCAUCACUGGAGAGAAGAAUUUCGUCGAUGGCGUCAGAACUUUCAUGACUGCUACGUUUGUGGUCUCCGGCGACAACUUCAUGGGCAUUGGCUUUGGCGUCCGCAACACCGCCGGAGCCAUCAAGCACCAAGCCGUGGCAAUCCGGGUCCAAUCCGACCGUUCCAUCUUCUUCGAAUGCCGCUUCGAAGGCUACCAAGACACCCUCUACGCCCAAGCCAAGCGACAAUUCUACCGCAGCUGCGUCAUCGCUGGCACCGUCGAUUUCAUCUUCGGCGACUCCGCCUCCGUCUUCCAAAACUGCCUCAUGGUCAUCCGUCGCCCUCUCGACAACCAACAGAACAUCGUCCUCGCCCACGGCCGCGUUGACCGCCACGAAACCACCGGCUUUGUCCUCCACAAAUGCAAGAUCAUCGGCGACGACAAGCUGUUGCCUUUCAAGAACAAGAUCAGGAGCUACCUCGGCAGGCCGUGGAAGGAGUACGCGCGGCAUGUGAUCAUGGAGACGGAGAUCAGCGAUGUCAUACAUCCCGAUGGGUAUUUGCCAUGGGAGGGGGAUUUCGCACUCAAGACUCUAUUUUACGGGGAGUAUAACAACACGGGGCCAGGGGCGAAGUUUGAUGGGAGGGUGAAGUGGAAGGGCGUGAGGAAACUGAAGAAGCCGGCGGCGAGGUUCACGGUGGCGGACUUCAUACAGGGCACUGAGUGGAUAAAUAACGAGAGAGGGGGAGUCACCAUUCCUGUGCGUUAUGGCUUGUAUAACUGA